GUAGUAAACAGUAACAUAUGGAUCCAGCCGUCUUCCUGUAGACAGGUGCUUUUGAAUGUCCUUUGCUCCCUGCUGGAAAUUAUUCAACAGAAUCUUUUACUAAUCACUUUCUCGCUCUCUCCCUCUCUAUUUAUUUAUAUUCAUCCAUUUAUCUCUGUGUCUUUCUCUAAUUUUCCUAUACAAAAACCUGACUUCUUUAGAAGUCAAGAGAUUUACAGAUACGAUGUCUGCUAUGACAUCUUAUUAACGAAACAUCGUAACCUUUUUUUUUCUCUCUUCUUCUUCUCCUCUGUCUUUAUUUUCGGAUUUAACAGCUAACAGAACGAAGAAGACAUAAAAUGGAUGACAGAACUACCCAUGAUAAACCUCGGCGAUUUUCAUAACUGAAAGUGGAUAAGCAAGUCUACUUCUGCUGAACAUCACUUCUGAUCGACUAACAUACAAAUUAUUUCCUUCUUAACCGUCAUUUGAAGACGAUCUUGACAUUGCAGCUACGGAUAACCAAACGUACAGUAAAAGAAAUUGAUUUCUUUCUUUAGGUGAUAUACGUUUUAUUGUUUCUGUUGAGUAAAAGCGACAAAAAAAUUGCAAAAAAUAUCAUUCAAAAUAACUGAAACUAAUUAAUUAUUUCACUUAAAGAGAAAGAGAAAAGAAUUUAAUAUUAUAAACUUUCUACAGGUAACUGUAGUUGGCAAGUUACUGCAAGUGCUUCCAUACUAAUUCGACGUAACGCGUUGUGAUUGGUUAACAGCUAAGGACCCGGAUGAGGAUUAUUUCUGGCGAGACUCGACAUGGCGACUUCGACGCUUCAUGGACCGAAAUUUUAGCAGUACUUACUUUUGCAGUCGUCCCAACCACUCCAACAAUCGUGACAAUUAUCAGUAUCUGCUGCCGUCGCAGCAGCAGCGCGUCUCUUACGAGGACGUGGACGUAAAACGUUAACGACGAGACGGAGGAGGCCGUCACUCCGGAGGAGGGUCUAAAGAGGCAUCAAGCCGAAACAAAGGACGGCCCCGGGUCGACACCAGCAUCAGUGUCAUUAUCACUGCUAGAAUGGUGUUCAAAGAAACAGUGUGUUUGUGGUUUCAAAAGUUAAAUCCUCAUACGAGGAUUGACAUUAUGUGUGGGCUGCUCCAUAUGUGUGUGCCGCCCGAGUUGCGCUUUCUUGGAACGUUUCUUGAGGACCUAGGCAAGAAGGACUACUACCGGCUGAGAGAUGCCGAAAUUAAAGCUAACAACCACAUCGAUCUUGCAAAAAGUACCAACACACCUAUCAACAAUAGCGCUAGUAACACUGACAGUUCCACAUCCUCUGGUUCUACGAGUACUAUUGGUGCUGGUUCUUCUAAUACUUCAUCACCAUCUAUCUCGACCGAGGAAAGUCUUCGCAACAAGCUGUCCCUGUCACUAGCUCUGCUGUACUCGUCCAACAUCCAAUGCUCCAAUAUUCUCUUCAAAAUGCUCGAAGCUAAUGUGGAACGAGCACUACGGGUGAUGCCUUCUAUGGCUGUAGUGACCAUUUACGAAAUUCUUACCAUUUUAGUGAUGGCAGCCAACCACCCGGCCUUCAGCGUUACCCAACAACUUACCAUGGCAGAAUUAUAUAAAUCGGCUGAGAAGGCCGCUGAAGGCCUCAUUCCCAAGGAUGAGUGUUUGUGCUGCCACUGCUCAGUGUCGUAUUCAUCAUCACCAAAGCCCGACGAAGGACCGCACUUCUGCAGCAGCUGCCAACCUCAUACAUCGCUACCACACAAAGAAAAAGCUCAUGUUACUCGAAUUAAAGUCAAAGGUACACGGAAACUUUUGGAGAAGCCAACAGAUUUUAUCAUGCAGGUGUCUUGGUCAAAUGGUGAAACUACUGAAGUCUAUAAAACAUUUCAAGAAGUACUUGAAUUCUCAAAUAAGUUUUCACGAAUAAUUGAUGAUGUUAAUGUGUACAAACAAGAUCGAAGGAUUCCUUUUCUUCAAAAUUUUUACAAAGAAGAACAUGUAGAGGAUGUUAAUCUACAAAAUAUAUCUCAUUAUGUAGGACAAUUGGAAAAACUCCCCUCAAAGUUUUUAGAAUGUGAUCAUCUAGUCAAAUUUUUUGCUCCAUCAGAUUCAAAUGGAUCCUCUACUUUCCGGUCAACUGAUUUUCAUUCAGCUAAUGAACAACCUGUGAUAUCUCCAUACAAUCAGAAGUCUUUCAACGCCGUAUCUCCCUCAGGGGAACUCGGUAAUCGACAGCAUCAUCAAUCUACAUAUUACAAUCCACAUCAUUCUCAAUUACCAUCAAAUAAUUACAGUAACAAUAGGACUGUCUUGAUGAAUAACCAGCUGAAUGCUCCCUGCCAGGGUAUCUCUCCAAUGUAUUCCCCUUCAUCGUCACCCCCACCUGUGGUUGCAUCAUUGCACUCAUCACUGCAGCAGUCCAACAGCCGGUCAGGCUCUCCUGCUAGUGUAGAUGGUAGUUCUUCAAUAAACUCCAAACACACAAGUUUUGAGCCGGAGUCCAAAGAUGAAGAGAAGUUAUAUUUUCAGGAAAUUCAGAAGAACAGUCGUGACAAACGCCAUUUAAAUGGUGUAAUUGAUUAUGGUAAUCUGACAGGAAUGCCACCAACAUUGCAACCUCCACCUGUGUGUUCAGCCAAUGUGGGGCCUUCUCAUCCCACUAUGACCUGGCCCCCUUAUUCAGCAAUUAAGAAUGCAUAUCAAAUAACUUUUCCAACUGGACAUCAGCAUCAGCAGCAACAACACCAUCACCAUCAUCAUCACCAUCAUCAUCCACAGCAGCAGGGUCCUCGUGCAGGAAUUACACAAUCUGUAGCUGUCAAUAACUCUUAUUUUUAUUAUCCACAUAUUCCCCAUGCCCCUAGUGUUCUUCCUUCAGUAUCAUCAUGUACUGCUGACAGUUCACCUGUUGGUUCUGACUACUGCAGUCAACCACCCAGCCCUGGGGCUCCAUCAGUGACAAAUAUCACUGCAGUUCCGGCUUCUUCAUCUUCAGUUGCAUCGGAUGAUAGUGAUAGAGUCAAGACUGGUAAGGAGACUGAACAGUGUUAUGAUCAGGACUAUAGGAAAAAAGAACUUGGUAAACCCAACUUGAAACCACAGCAACCUCUCUUGAAAUCUACAGCCAGAGGUCAAGUGGACGAUCAGACGAAAGGGAAUAUACAACAGAUUUACCUUGACCAUCAACAGUUACCUUUUGGAAAUGUAACAGGUGGCUAUAACACUGUCUCUGAAAAUAUACAAUCUGUACCACCACACCGUCACCAUCUUAUUACAGGUCGAACUACAUACAAGGCACAGCCUGCGCACACAAAUUUAGGAAUUAACCCCAAAAAUAUGAUUAACAUGCCUCCUGAUGGCAAAUCUACGACUCCAAUUGUGCCUUCAAUGUUUAAUCACAACUCUGACAUGACUAAUUUGAGUACAACUGUUAUUAAUUCAACUACUCCAACUUCUGUUCUUGCAACUGCAGACAACACUGCACAGCAUUCUCUCUAUUCAGUAGGUACAUGGACGCGGAGUUUAAUUCCUGUAUGCACACGGACUGCUGUUGCAUGCUCAACUAGUGCUCUAGUUUCAACAGGCUCUUCAAAUUCCAGUCCACCACCAAGACAAAAUAUAGGUAAUAUGAAGAAUAGUAACAUAUGUUCCAAUUCAGUACCUCAGUCCCCACCUAGUGCUGCUCCUGAUUCAACCUGUUCAUCCUCAUCUGACCAAGCUAGUGGCUUGGCCACUCUGAACUUCCUUGCACAAUGCUCAAACCAAAGUAGUGUCAUUACUAACACCAUCGUUUAUUCAUCUCAAACAUUGAACUCAAGUUCUCCGAGCCAAGUUUCUACAGGCCGGUCGGGAAUGUGCAAAACAUGUGGCUGUGAUGGCUACCAUCAAUUAGGUGUCAUUUCUUCUCCUGUGGCUCCACCAGCCAAUAAUAUCCCUCCUAACCAUUGGCCAUCCUUUGCAGGGAACAUGGGCUACAUGCCACAAAAUUCUAAUGGUUUGAUACCACUUCACUACCCAAUGCAAUUGGUUAGUGCGAUCCCAACUGAUCACGUAUAUAACAACCCUACUAACAUAAGUUUGGUGCAUUUGAACUCUUCAAAUCAAGCAGCUGUAUCAUCAUCGUCAUCCUCUACGUCUUCAUCAUGUAUGCUGAGCCAGAUGUGUAACUAUGCAUCUUUGGGUCUACAUGCCACGCCACCACAACCACAACAGUACACCAUGACAAUGAUUAGCAAUAAACACUGCAGGUCGUGUUUUAACUGUGGAGGAUCUGAUCAUGUUGCCAGUGAUUGCAAGGAAACAUCUAUGGAAGCUAUGACAGGCCAGUAUCGGUUGAAUUACAAGAGCAAAACUGCAGCAGACUGACAAACAAAAAUUUGUUGACCAUUUUACAUGCACAUUUUCUUGACAUAAUGUUGGCCACACCAAUAUAUACUGCUGCAUAUAAGCACAAACAUUGGAUUUGGCUGUUUUUGCACUCUCAAAUACUAUUGGUUUGCAUGUGUUCCAUGCCUGAUAUCUCCCAAUAGAUAUGCAGCCUGCAAUGAUGUCAUAGUUAAGUGGAACAUGCUAUUAUCAUGCACAAGUCAGUCUUUAUUUUAUGCAUGUGCAUAUGCACACAAACACACACACACAAUCUUUCUGAGACAAUUCAGAUCUGUGUUCUCACUUGAUUUUCAUGCAGUCCAUUACAUCCCUUCAGUAUGCCACCUUCUGUACCUGCUGCAUUUUGAUCAUUAAUCCACUUGCUCCACUGUUCAGAAUUCAUAUAUCAUAUGCAAUAUUAUAUAUACAUAUAUGA